ACAAUACUUAUGCUAAGUGUGGAGUUGGAGUAGAUGAUCAUAACCGACGUCCUCUUCACCAGGAGGUCUCCAGUCAUUACGAUUACGCAGCAGGCAGUUACGCUGGUCAUCAGAACCGGAAAAACCUCAGGGAUAAUGAAAACGCUCAUUUCGCUUUCAACAAUUGGGUCAAGACGUCGUUGGUCUUGAUCGCGACAGAGUUCGUGGCGAAGCGAAGGUGUAGUGAAGAGGGACAUUUUUGGAGGGAAGUUGAUGUGCUGGAGGACGAGGAAACAAUAGAGGACAACAACGAAGGGCUGCUAGGGGUAGUGCAUGAUCAGGCGGACGACCAACUAGAAAGAGCAGUAGAGCUUGUUAUGGCUCAGAACAAGAAGCGACGGAAAACAGUGAGCAACGACCACAAUUAUAUUCCAUCUUCAGCAAGAGCACACGCGGUAAAAGCGACACAAUGGAAGACUCGACCUGUUUUCAUCUUGGACUUGGCCUGUGGACGCGGCGGCGACCUGAAUAAGUGGAUCGCUUCGGCACAGUACUUUCAAGAUCAAGAUAGUUCAGAUGAAGUUCCUAGUUCAGUUCCGCGACCUCCCCCCUUGAGAUUUAUCUACAUUGGUUUAGACAAUUCCCCUGGUUCCGUCAAAGCAGCGCGCGACCGUUGGCAAGAAACUAGAGGGCGAGACACAUUUUUACACGGGCACACCUUCCA